GUCCAACGUCCUAUUAGUAUUGUGAUGAAGUAGUAGCCUUCGUAUUGCGGCCUGAUUUAGAGACAUUACGUCCAUUGCAUCAGCACGCAAAGUUUGGGCAGAAACGGGCUGUGAAGCUGGGGCGGCCAUAUUUUAUUUCCCGAGGGUUGUUUGAGGAAAGCAAAGAAACAGAGAGACCGGGCCCUGGGGCCAGUGGAGGAGGAGAGGGGCCUACAAGAGCAUCAUGUCUGAGACAUACGACUUCCUGUUCAAGUUCCUUGUCAUUGGCAGUGCUGGGACAGGGAAGUCCUGCCUUCUUCAUCAGUUUAUUGAAAGUAAAUUUAAACAAGAUUCAAAUCAUACAAUCGGAGUGGAAUUUGGAUCUAGAAUUGUUAAUGUCGGUGGUAAAUCUGUUAAGCUGCAGAUCUGGGAUACGGCAGGACAGGAGAGAUUCAGAUCGGUAACUCGCAGUUACUACAGAGGAGCAGCUGGGGCACUGCUAGUUUAUGACAUUGCAAGCCGAGAAACCUAUAAUGCUCUUACCAACUGGUUGACAGAUGCCAGGACUCUGGCCAGUCCAAACAUUAUUAUUAUCUUGUGUGGAAACAAAAAAGAUUUGGAUGCUGAUCGAGAGGUGACAUUCCUUGAGGCAUCCCGCUUCGCUCAGGAGAAUGAACUGAUGUUUUUGGAAACUAGUGCGCUGACUGGAGAAAAUGUGGAAGAAGCUUUUUUAAAAUGUGCAAGGACGAUACUGAGUAAAAUAGAAUCAGGAGAGCUUGACCCAGAGAGGAUGUGGUCUGGGAUCCAGUAUGGUGAUGCCUCACCACGACAUGCAAAGCACUCUCAUGGCACCCAACAGCAGAGCAGGCAACAGUGCAAUUGCUAAUACAACCACUCUAAAGGAGUUUAGACGUAGAAGCUUGCCCUGGAAGCUUGCUCAUCCUUUUCCAAGUAAAUGAAAGCACUUGCCCUAACUACAGGAUUCAUCUUGUUCCCUGCUCUGUGUUUGGAAGCCCGUGUGAUGGCAUCCUUCCUGAUAUGGCUCCUUACGCACUAAAAACAUUGGAGAGAAGAAUCACAUCUUUGUCAGUCACUGUGGCCACUCUGUAAAUAUCCUCCAAGUGGAUGAAAAGCCAAAUAAUUCAUCCUAGUGUCAGCCCCCAUUCCAUCCCAAGAAGGAACUGUGGUUAUUAUAAUAAACAUAUAUAUAUAUAUAUAUAUAUAUAUAUAUAAGCACCAAAAAAUUAAAUGUUAUAUAUUACAGUAAUCAGGAUCAAAGAAACACAAUAGUCAGUGCACUCAUUAUGCAUGAAGAACGACUGAUAUUUGUGCUCCUUAUUCACCCAGUAUCAGAGCUGACAUUUAGUACAUAUCAUUUUUGGUCAGCUUGUUUUGUUCAUAUACCCAGUUUAUUAAAAAAAAAAAAAAUC